AUGGUAGGGCUUGUUGAUAUUCAAGUCAAUGCUAUAAUUUCAUCAGAAGGCAAAACAGGAGCAGGACUAGUGGCAAAACUUCAUGAAAAGGUGAUCAUGGAAGCGAAGGAAAGCUGGAGUUGGGCUAGCGACAUUUGGGAGGUUAAUCUGUUAGCUGUGAGAUGGGCUCUUGGCAUUGCAAAGACAAAUUUGGUCCAUAGUGAGAUGUUCUAUAGGUUCAAUGAACGGGCAAUGAGCGACGAUCCGAAGUUUGGCACGCACUUAACUGGGCGCGAAGCCUACACUCUCAACACGCACACGCUCUUUCAUCUGUCCUCGCCCUUUUUCCCUUCUCAUCUCAUGGAGUCGCCCACGCCGGUCUCUAGAUACAUAUCUCAGAAUUCCAAGAAAAGGGUGUUUCUGGCUGAAGGCUCCUCGUCGGGGUGUAAGGAGGUGGAGGUGUUGGAAGUAACGCCGCCAGCUAAUCGCAGUUCUAAACCCAAGUCCUCGAAACAAAAAGAGGUUGUUUCUCCUGAAAUUAUAGACGUGGACAUGGAUGAAGACAGUGAUGUUCUAAUGUUGAAUGAUCAGGAUGUUUUCACGAGUGCCAAAGGCAAGGAAGUCUUGUCCAGCUCUUCUGGUGGUAUUGAUGGUGUAGCCAAUGAUGAACCUAGCGCCCUAUUGCACGACUCAUUAGAUCCAGAUGACUUUGGCUCAAAUCAGUAUUAUGGGGAGGAUGAGUGGAUAGACACAUAUUAUGAUGACAUACUAUCUGAUGAUGACUAUGAUGCAACUCUGGAAUCACAUUUUGAUCACAUGGAUAUUCCACCUGGAGUUGAAAUGUCAUUCCCCUGGUUACCCACUUCUCCCAAAAACGAUUCAAAAGUGCCAACAGCCAGUAGCUCUUCUACACAAACUACUACCAAAACUCAAACGACCAAUACCAAUCUCUCACCUCCUUUGAACUCAUUGUUGCCGCCGGAUGACACCCAAAUUGGUGAUAUGUCAACUUUAUGGGAUUAUCCAGUCGCAGAUCAUCAACAUUUUCAGGGGAAACCAUCUUCUAAAUGGAUUGGAACUGAUUUCAGCAAGAAGACCAUUUCAGGCGGUAUUGGAAACCAUUACCCACUAUCUUAUGGUAGUAAUGCGUUUCAUAAAAUGGGUAAGGAACCUCUUGUCUCAACUGGGAAGAGCAAAAGGAAGUCCCCUGCAUCACAUGUUCUCUCCUCCUACUAUCAUAAAUUCCCUUCGGCUCCAUUUCACUCGUCUGCUGCAGGUGGAGGUGGUAGUUAUGGAGUAGCAAGCUAUUCUCCCGGGUGGCAGGAAUUUCCUAUAGAUCCUGUUAUGGAGACCUUGUCACCUUCUGGAUUAAUGGAUGAUAACCAGUUCUCCAUGGAUAUUCUGAUGGGUGCAUCUCGGGUGGAGCCUUCACAGCCGGUCAAGGUCGAGCCAAGAAACUUGGACGAGGUUUUACGUAGAUUUGACAGUUUUAAGAAAUUCGACACUGUUGAAGACUAUUCCGAUCACCAGUACGCCAAGAAUGGUGGUUCCACAAAACAGCCACCGUCGAGUUGGGCGAAGAAAAUCCAAGAGGAAUGGAAGAUUCUGGAAAAAGAUUUGCCUGGAGCCGAGGGGACUCCUUACCAUGACGGUCUCUUUUUCUUUGACGUCUUCUUUCCCAGCAGCUACCCUAAUGUCCCCCCACAUGUUCAUUACCAUUCAAGAGGCCUUAGAAUCAACCCAAAUCUGUACAAUUGUGGGAAGGUGUGCCUGAGUCUUCUCAACACUUGGAGUGGUAGUCAGAAGGAGAAGUGGAUUCCAGGUGUGUCUACAAUGUUGCAGGUUCUUGUUUCUAUACAAGGGCUGAUUUUGAAUGCCAAGCCCUACUUUAACGAGCCUGGGUAUGCCCAUAUGGAUGGCACUGUGAUGGGAGAGAAGUGCUCUUUGGAGUACAAUGAGAGGACAUUUAUUUAUAACCUGCAGACGAUGGUCUACAACAUGAGAAGGCCCCCAAAGCAUUUUGAGGACUUUGCCAUCGGGUAUUUCUGCAAGCAUGCUCGUGCUAUACUGGUGUCUUGUAGGGCUUACUUGGACGGGGCUCAAGUUGGAUGUCUUGUUAAAGGCGGAGUUCAGGAUGUGGAUGAGGGAGACAAGAGCUGCUCGCAAGAGUUCAAGGCUAGCCUGCGUGUGUUCAUGACGACUUUGGUGAAUCAAUUCGUGCAAAUUGGGGCAAAGGAUUGUGAUGAGUUCCUUUAUUUGUCCCAAUUGGAGAAAACACGAGCAGGUGCUCAUCCCGUUACUGACCACCAAUAAUUCUUAUCCAAAUAAGUUCAAAUUCAUAAAAUCAGUUUUUGUGAUAUUUAUAGUUCAUGAGGAUGAUAAGUAAGAGCCGGAUACUGUUUAGCUGAUUGGUGUUGAACUGUUUUGGGAAGUAGAGAGUUUGGAGUACUGCUAUUAUGACAUCGGGAUGCUUCAGUUGCAUUUGGUAAUAAAUAUUUGUAUAUACAUGGAUGUCUAUUGGAGUUUUUGUGUUUUUUUGUUGAUUAGCUUGAAACCAAGUGAUUAAAAUAGCCCUAAGUAAUUUGUCAUCAUAUGAUGUGUUGAGUUGUUUGAAGAACUCGUUCGAUUGGAUCUUUCAG